CAAUUUUACCUGAUUUCUGUAUGUUAUCUCGUGUACUCCUCACUCCCACAACAAUCCGGCUUGUUCAUUCCCUGAUCUGCAGUUCUUCCCGUUCCUUCAUGGAUUUGAAGGUUCUCCUUUCCUCCUUGAAUGACUUUGCAUCCCUCUCACUUGCUGAGAGUUGGGACAAUGUUGGAUUACUGGUGGAACCAAGCCCACCACACACUGUAAACACACUCUUCCUUACCAAUGACUUGACCGAGGAAGUGAUGGAGGAGGCGCUGCAAAAGAAGUCGGAUCUUAUUCUCUCCUACCAUCCGCCUAUUUUCCGACCUUUGACGCACAUAACCUGGAAAACAUGGAAGGAGCGCCUGGUGAUUCAGGCUCUGGAAAACAGAGUUGGUAUUUACUCUCCUCACACAGCCUAUGAUGCUGCACCCCAGGGAGUCAAUAGCUGGUUGGCUAAAGGGCUUGGAGUUUGCACCUCCAGGCCCAUACAUCCUUCCAAAGCUGCCAACUACCCAACGGGGGGAACGCACAGAGUAGAAUUCAGUGUUAACUCCACCCAACACCUGGACAAAGUCAUUUCUGCAGUGAAAGAAAUUGCAAAUAUUUCUAUCACUUCUUUUUCUACUAGGACUGAUGAUGAAGAACAAACACGGAUUAGUCUGAAUUGUAGUCAGGAGGCUUUGUUACAGGUGAUGGCUUUUCUUUCCCAGAACAGACAAUUCUAUCAGAAGACUGAAAUUCUGUUACUAGAGAAGCCUCCACUUCCGCAAACUGGGAUGGGACGGUUGUGCACACUGGAUGAGCCUGCUUCCUUGGCAACCAUGAUUGAGCGAAUCAAAAGGCACCUUAAACUAGCUCAUGUUCGCCUUGCUCUUGGGGUAGGAAGGACCUUAGAGUCUCCAGUCAGAGUCGUGGCCCUGUGUGCUGGUUCUGGGAGCACCGUGCUGCAGGGGGUAGAGGCUGACCUUUACCUCACAGGUGAGAUGUCCCAUCAUGAUGUUCUGGAUGCUGCAUCCCAAGGAAUAAAUGUCAUCCUCUGUGAACAUAGCAACACUGAACGAGGUUUUCUUUCUGAUCUUCGAGAUAUGCUGGGCGCUCACUUGGAAAAUAAGAUUAAUAUUAUCCUGUCAGAAAGAGACAGGGACCCUCUUCAUGUGAUUUAAAGCAUACAGGGACAACAAGAUGACAGAGUCUACAAAUUGAUUUGCUCCCAACUUGAAUGCGUAACAGGAAUCAGCAGACUUAGUAUCCGUCUGGAAGAAUGUCUUAGAAUGUACACUAUUUCUGGUUUGUAAAUCUGCUUCACCAAAUAGUCUGUAGCUUGUAUGGUAAAAACCAUAAUGUAUUAAACACUUAACAAUUAAACGUAUUAAACAAACUACUAUUAACAAAUAUUUAUUAUAAGAUGAAUUAAGAUUAUGAUACAAUGUGAAGUACAUAUUUAUCAACUCCAGGAAGAUUACUUAACAUUCUUGGUAAGUACCUUCUUCUUAGCUUAAUUAUAGAUGAGAUCUGUCAUUUGAGAUCUCUCUGCUCUUGGUUAGUUUAAAAAACUUGAGAUUAGAAUACUGAUUUCUAGGUAGCAGCCUCUAGGGGGUGAUAAGGUAUGUCUGUAUGUUCCUGUUCAUAGAUCACUAAUGUCUCACAUAAAUUUCAGAAUCAGGA